AUGUCGUCGGCAGCUUUGCAGCAGACGCCCCAUCAUCCGACCGCCCUGGCCUCGGCUCCGUUGUCCUCUUCUUCGAACCGCCAGUACGGUUCGCCGCACUCUUCUCCCGCUCGGGACGGUUGCAAUGGCCAUCAAGCCGUAACGUCGUCGUCACCUUCCACGAGGCGUCCUCCCUCUCGCAAACCCAGCGGAAACCCGGACUCUCCCUCGCUCGACAUGGCCUUGCCAAGGCAGAGCCGGAGCGGUCCGCACCCUUCCUCGCAAGAAGCCCGUUCAUCCAGGCCUGAAUACCAACAUGCCGUGCCUCUUGUCGCUCCCGUUGCACCGCCGCGCACGUCUUCUUCGAGCCACCAAGGCUCGAGUGCUCGCCGCAACCAGUAUUCCAAUGAUGCCAUGACCAGCUCUCCGCACCAUGCUCAAUCGGAGCCGUCACGAAAUGCGUCACGCGGUGACACCAACGGGUACCCGGAAACGUCCAGAGGCAAGCGUUCAGCCCAUGCUCCGCAUAACCAGGAAUCAGUCCAUCCGUCCAGCAGUCACGACGCCCGGGAACUCCCAAUCUCGCUACCCUUUCGUGCGAACCCUGCAUCGAGCUCAAAGCCUGCACAUGAAGCCAGCGAUGCUCUGGCUCGCGUCAUCUCAGAGGGGUCCAGUGGGCAGCAGCACACAUCCCUUCAUGAUAACGCUCAGGGCCAUCGCGACGCCGCACCCGCGCCAGGCGUGGCCAUGAGCCCUUCACCAGAAGAACCUCGCGGCGGACGCAGCAGGCAUGACCACAGCCGCAGUCACAAGGGGACCGUCAAAUUCGGCGAUUUCGUCCUCGGAGCUACCAUUGGUGAGGGAGAGUUCGGCAAGGUCAAGUUGGGAUGGAAACCAGAGAGCAGGGUUCAGGUUGCCAUCAAACUCAUCAAAAGAGACACCGUCGGCGGGAACCCGUCCCGUCUGGGCAAGAUCAGGCGCGAGGUCACAAUUCUGCGCGGCGUUCAGCACGCUAACAUUGUCCGAUUAAUAGACAUGAUAGAAACAGAUCGAUAUAUAGGAAUCAUCCUCGAAUAUGCGUCGGGCGGCGAGCUUUUCGAUUACAUUCUGGUCAACCGGUACUUGAAAGAUCACUCGGCGCGCCGAUUAUUCUCGCAGCUCGUCUCUGGAGUUGGCUACUUGCAUAAAAAGGGCAUCGUCCACAGGGAUUUGAAGCUUGAGAAUCUGCUGCUGGAUAGCAAUCGAAACAUCAUCAUCACCGAUUUCGGAUUUGCCAACACUUUCGACCCUAACGAGGAGCUCUCAGAGGAAGAGGAGCUCAAUUUGGCAGAUCGCGAACAAGUCAAGCGGAUGGGUCUGGAUAAAAUCAAACCCAAUGGAAUGAGACGGGGAGACUUGAUGCAAACCAGCUGCGGAAGCCCAUGCUACGCAGCACCGGAGCUGGUGGUGAGCGACUCCUUGUACACGGGCCGAAAGGUUGACGUUUGGAGCUGCGGUGUGAUCCUGUAUGCCAUGUUGGCGGGCUAUCUGCCGUUCGACGACGAUCCCGCAAACCCCGAAGGCGACAACAUCAAUCUGCUGUACAAGUACAUAGUUUCUACCCCUCUGACCUUCCCCGAAUACGUCACGCCUCACGCACGGGAUCUGCUCCGUCGGAUCCUGGUUCCCAACCCUCGAAAGCGAGCCGACCUAUUCGAGGUAGCUCGCCACAGCUGGUUGAGCGAAUACGCGCACGUCGUGGAAUUCGUCACCAGUUCCACAACGCUCCCCUGCGACGUCCAGAACGCGACAGCAGCGUCUCAAGGUUACGGCGACGCCCCGAUGGUGACGAGGAGUGCCUCUGUGCGCGAAACUCCGAAACAAAAAUCUCCCCUGCAAGCCGCUGUUGGGGGGCUUGCCAAAGCACACGCCAAGAUUGAUAACGAAGCAGACGCGACCUACCGGACCCCCAAAGAUGCGAAGCGCAGAACGGUGCAAGUGGAGUAUGUGGCGCCCACGACGCAGACGCAGCGCGGAGCCGAUGCUGUCGUCUCCAGGCCUCCCGUUUCAUUCAGCCGCGAAUACGUCGACGGCCGUCCUGGGUCUUCGGCAAGGGACAAGGCUCUGCCUCAUGACGUGCAAAAUCCCUACGAAGCCUCUGGUCAUUCCAAGCGACCUCCCAGUGCUCACGCAUCUGGGCCGAUUCGCCCACGCGACAUUCGUUCGACCACGGACAGCAACGUUUACGCGACGGGGACCGCAACCGCCUCAAGGCCUCACACUGGAGGGUCCGUGCAGUCAGCUGCUUCCAUGAGCUUGCCAGUACGGGGCAACUAUGGGCAGCCGGUUCCUCCGGCUGUGGCCGACACCAAUGUCCAGGGUCGUAUCCAGCAGCCCGUCAACGCAGAUGACGAUGAUGCAACCAGCGUGCCUCCCAAGUUCACCAGAAUGUCCGGCUUCAACGAGGCCCGAGGCCAUAAGAGGUCAAGCACGAUAGGGGACAUUGGGACCAAACUCCUGGGCCGCAGUGGCUCCGUGUUUAGUGCUCGAGGCAGGAAGAAGCCAGAAGGGCAACACGGCGAAAAAUCGAGAAAGUACCCCCCGGUCAGCAUGUCAAACUCCAUGGCUCAGGGCGAAGAGGCAGCGGGCAGGGCAUCGAUAGAUUCGCGGGCCUCUCGCCGUUCGUUUUCCCUAGGCAUCGGGAAGAAGCGCAGCGGCAGCAUGACGGGCUCACAAGACUCCGGAGAGAAGAGAGAAAGAAGGCGGUUCUCCCUGCUGCCGGCGUCCUUUUCCCUGAAGGCGAUUGGCUUGGGCAAGGAGUAUCCCGAUGCCGUGUCAUCCGCGGUGGGCUCGCACACGGAUUUGCCGGUCGAGCCGGGUCGAGUUGAACCAGCAAGAGGUACGACGGCUCCGGGAGAUGCCAGAGGCAGCACGCCAUUCUUUGACAAUGGUCACGACGGCAACGCGCAACGAGACAAGGACAACCCUAGCCCCGCCUAUCAUCAACAGUACGCGUCGGCGCAGCAGCCAGACAGUCGCCGACUCAGCGCAGUGCCUUUGUACAUGCAGACUGCGUCUCACUUCAACAGCGGCUCUGAAUCCUCGUUUGAUUUCCGGCGGCCACCCACGGAGCCGCAGAUGAGGUCGCACAGCCACGGCUUCUCCGACCAUGCGAGUCACGAACAUGACGGACGAGCUGCCACGAGCCGUGGAACAAGAGGCGUGCUACAAAAGAGCCACAAGCGCUUCACAGACGCCUAUGACCAAGACGAGUAUCGGGGACACGAAGGCAGCAGCGGGGCGGCCAAGCGAGUCAUGGACUUUUUCAGAAGACGAGGAAAAGCCCGAAAUGGGGACGAGCGCUCAUAA